AUGGCGUACAUUAGCUCCUCACCUCAACGGAGACUUCUUUUCAUACUCUCGGCUUUGUUACUCAUUGCCCUUGGAUCAUCAUUUCUUAAUCCCCUCGCCCCUCAAGCAACCAUAGGUGGAGUGGCCGUCUCGCCGCUUGAAUCAGCUUCGAGUUCACCCGACUCGAGUCGUUUUCGAGAGGUCCCAGACCGUAAAACUGAACUCAAAAUCGACGAGCGUACUAGUUCCGACGUCCAGAAGCACUCUUUUAUCACCAAAUACUAUGAUGAACAGCGUUUACCAUCAACACUGGUCCUAGUUGCCACGAAAGAUGAUAGAUCCUGGGGCCACAAUGAAGGCGAGCCCGAUCGCACUUUUACAGACUUCCUAGAUCUAGUCAGUCGACAACAGGUUCCGCCACAAGAUAUCUCGAUUGGUCUUCUUACUUCCAACCGGGAAUCUCUAGAUCGCUAUACCACGACCCUUCUCAGCAAGGAUAUUCCGAUUGCUUCCGUCGAGAUCAUAUAUGCCCCCAGCACAGAUUUCCAAAUCGGCCCAGAUGCUACCGACAGAUCAUUCCAAUCGAGAAACAUGCUUAUGAAAGAGUUAGUCAAGAAAGAAGACCAUGUCGUAUGGAUUGAUCCCGAUAUUUUCGAGCUUCCGGAAGGACUAUUCGAUCGUUUUUAUAAAGUUGCCAAGAGCGGGGUGGAGCAGAUUCAAGUUGCGAACGCACCUAAGGGUAAAGGAUCGAAGUUAUUGCCGUUGGGAAUUACGACAGUGAUGUGCCGCCAAACAAAUUAUAGAGAUAUGGUGAGGAAUGCAUAUAGCGGUCCAAGCGAGGCAGAAAUGAAGAAGUGGCAAGAAGAUGCAAGCCGAAAGCCGUUGAAUUCAUGGCCCAAGCCGAUGUCACAUAUCUUGGCGGGUACCUCAGACGAUACAUUAGUACGAUUAGACGGAGUCGGUGAAACCGUUCUCUACAUUCGCGGGGACCUGAUAAGGAAGGGAUUGAAAUGGCCACAGGGAGAUAGAUCGAAUUCUGAAGGAUUGUGCGCUUCGGCCAAGGAUAUGGGGUGGGGCUGCUACGGGCUAGGUGGUGGCUGGGAAACAAGACACACAGAUAUCUGA